AUGUCUUUCCUUCAUGGAGUUCUUGAGAGUGUGAAGGAUGAUGAGAGCGUUACAACUUAUGAUAUUGAUAGGUCAAAUGACAUUAAUAAUGUUCUUCGCAUUUUACAUGAUAGUGUAGGUAAAGGCCGUAAGGCCUUCCCGGAGGCCGUGCGUCAGGUGGACACAUUUACUGGGAGAGUUACAGGGCAUUUAGGUAAAUAUUAUCAAGAAGUUGAGAAGAAGCAAGGCGAGGACUUAACCACCCAGUUGUCUGGGUGGAAGGGGACCGUAGGGAAGAUCCAAGACGAAGUAAACAAUAUUGAAACUUACAACGUUAAUGUUCUAGAUAGUACAUUGAAAAAUAGACUGAUGCAUGAAAUGAGUGUCAUUCAUAGUAGUGUGUUGUUGCUAAAGAACUCGGCUAAUGAGGAGGUGUUCGGGUUACAGGUGAAACAAGUGGAUUCCACUUUGGUGAAGCAGCGCGAUGAUGUGUUGCAGAAAAUUAAUGAGGAAUGUGCAGUGCUGCAAACGAGGCAAUGUUGCGAAAAUGACAGGGGAAACAAGUCUAAAAGAUGUCGUAGACGGCGUGGGAAAUUACGCCAAGGGUUUGGCGAGGAUGCAUUUAAGACGGCGGUGACGCAGUGGGUUAAGGAUAUUGUAAACACAGAUGAGAGUAUUGUGAGUAGCAAAAUAUAUGAUUAUGUUAUGCAUAACAAGAGCGUUGGACUAUUAGCAAGUGAAAAUAGCAUUCCGGAUAAAGUCAAAAAAGUUAAAGCGGCCAUUAUAGAACAUCUUCCAGGCCACAUGCUUACUGAUAUUCAAGCUAUUGCACAGGAAACGCUGAGAGGGGCAACCGUGAAAAACAUCGACAUGAAGUUUGGACUGUUCGCUAAUCAGAUUGGAAACAAACUUACGGGCGAUGGUUCAUCAAUCGCUGAGGCAGUUCGGAAGAUUCGGCAACACUUGAAUAUAACGCAAAUGGGUCAUCUCAUGCCUAACUCCACAGAUCCUCGUCUCACAAACGCCCUUAAUGCUAUUGCAAAAUCUCUAAUAAACAACUUCAAGCAAGUCGCCGAGGAGCUUAAGCGGUUCCUCGAAAAGUCCAAACUCCACCCAAACCUGGAAAAGGCUAUAGAGAAAGUCAAGGAAAUCGGAGAAAAAAUUAGUAUCGAUGAGCUUGCAAACGGUCCUGGUAAAAAUAUUAAUGAUGCGUUGAAGAUUGUUAAUGGAAAGAUUACUGUGCUCAAUAAACUAUUAAAAGACACGGAGAUCCAGGUUCAAUGGUCGAAAAGCUUAAUGAAAUUCAAGAUGGACUCGUUAAGUUGUAUAAUCUCAAGGAAGAAAAGGAAGGCAGUGGAAUUUGGGAUGAAAGGAAGAAAGCCGAUGAGAAAAUGGAAAAGUUGA